GACGUUCGCAACCAACUGGAAACUGUUUGUUACUGAUUCCCCAGGAUUCCCCGGUAACGAGGUUAAGAUUUCUGAAAUUGACUUUUGAUUGGAUUGAAAUGUGAAUUGUCAAUGAGUUCCCUCAGGGUCUGGAGUACUUUUGUUAUACUUUAUCAAACUAUAAUUUGCCUGGUCAUCAGCUGGUACACCCUCGACUGCCACUUCGUUCCCUCCAGCUCUGAGCUCCAUGAGGUGACGCUGAUCAAACUCCUGUACCUCUACGACCCUGAGGCCUGCGGGAGGAUCCCUUUCUACAACAUCACUGUGAAGUACAACCGUGAAUACUACUCCACUAUCAUGUGGCCUGUGACAAACAAAGUCGCUUCCAAUUUUAGGAGCAAGAUCCGUCUAUGGCUAUGUCUCCAUGUCGUAUGGUUUGGUCUAGCCAUCGCUAACAUGACGCACGGCCAGAGGCACUGCGGAUUUUACGCCGUUGUAGUUCCCUUCACUAUCACUGGCCUUGCAUUACUCAUCGUGGAUCUGGUCUACGCUGGGCUUUUCCUACAAAAUGUUGCACACACCGAUACACAGAUUUCAAUUCUCAAGUUCCUGAACGCAAGCUUUCCUAAGAGUAUCAGAUGGAUCCACAGAUCAUUCCCCUGGCCAGAACAGUACGUCUGCGACGAAGACACCACCUGGAUCUCAUUGUUAUUUGCCUACAUCAGCUGCAGAGGAGUCGUGCAGUGGAUUAUCAACUUUUGGUUUAUCAAGGACAAUUAUUAUGAAGGCCUCGCAGCGUUUCAUCGGCUUCAGAAGGAGAAAUCUCGGCUGAGAUCAAACGCGUGACAAUCCGCAAUCAAUCUCCUAUUGCUUUUGUUUGCGAAUCAACAAAGACUCGGGCAUGAAAGACGCUGGCUGCUAUCAAGGGAUAAUCUUUGCGAAAGUAUAAUAUUGUACUAAAUAAUAAAAAAUCGCUUUAUUCUGCAA